UGGAGAAUACUGAGAGGAACUGGAAUAAAGAGAAGAUGGAAUUGCUGGAGAGAUUUGACAACGAAAGGAAAGAAUGGGAAUGUCAAUGGAAGGUCAUGCAGAAGAAAAUAGAAGAGCUGUUGUGAUGGCCUUGUGCACUGCGAGAGAGCAGGCAGGUGGCUGUUCAGCAGUUCCUGCUCUGCGCUUUCUUCAUAAAAGCAAGUUAAGAAUGAAUGUUUAUAAAGAGCCAUGGGAUUCUUGGCACUGGAAAUGAUACCCUUUACCAGGAAGUAAAACUUAGAAGGGAGAGCAAUAUGAACGUCCAUGAUAAUAAGGCCAUUCAGAGCAAGAUGCUGCAGCUGUCCAUGCAUUCCCCUACUUUGGAAGAGAGUGACACAGUGGAGCUGAACUAUCAACACAAUGUGGCAAAUGACAGGAUGGAAAAAGGGAGUUUGCUCAGUAAAACAGGACACGAAUGUAAAGAAACCAGAGCCAAGAGCAGAAACAAGAGUCUGUUAAUGGACAAUCUGGGCUUUGACCGUGAGGAACCUGAAGAUAGCCUCAGCAUCAAAACUUCCAAGAAAAAUGCCAAGAAUUAUAUUGGUGAUCUCAAUGUAGCUCUUAAGGAACUUGCCAAAGUCAGUGAAGAAUUAUGCAGCUAUCAAGAGGAAAUUCGAAAGAAGUCCAACCACAGAAGAAUGAAGUCACUUCCUUUCCUGGGGGAAUUUGAGGAAACCCAAAACACAGUUAUUCUGCCUGAGAUGAACCAUGUGUCCAGCAAUGAAUCACAGGCUUCAGUUGCUUUUGAAACAGAGGAACGUAAUAAUAGGAAGAAUCUGAUGAGCUCCACCAAGGCUUUGAAGGACAUGUCUUAUGGUGGUCUUACUGGGGACAGAGGAACAGACUUCAGACCUUGGCAAAAGAAAGAAGCUCCACCAGUUCCUCCACGGAGCACUUCUCGGCACCUAACAAACUCACUUUCUGCAGUUGUACAGCUUUCUGAAGCACCAAUAAGAGAUCCAGGCAUCAAAAGCAAUUGCAAGGCUCAGGACUGUAGGAUCGGAAGGAAACUGAUGAAUCCUUCACCUAUAAACCAGAAUGAAACUGCAGCGGCCUGUGCAAAUGAGGGGCAAGCUGUGAAAGGUCCUGUGAUGGUAACUGCUGCAAUACCUGUAACCAAAAAUGAGUGCAAUGUACCAACAAGUUUCUGCCACAACACGUGGGCAUAUGAUGUGGGCAAACUUGGAAAAGUCAAUAAAAGUGAACCUUCCCCACUGUCAGCCCAAAAGAGUUGUUCAGAUGGAAAUAUGGCCCAAAGCAACAAGAUGCACCAGAAACAAAGUCCCAAGUCUCACAGCAGCCCUUAUUACAGUAGUGACUUUUAUGCCCCCGCUACCCUGCACAAUGAUCUUUUGGAAGAAUCUAGGUAUACUUUGGGAAAGACCCAAAGAAAUGAAACUUUAGCAGCAAAGAUCGAUGAGUUUAACCGGACUGUAUUUCACACAGAUAAGCGUAACAAUGCUUUGCAAGAAAACCAGGUGCCUCGAACAGCAUCAGAAGAUCACAAACCCUGUGGCCCACUGUGUGACUCUGCUAUUAGCAGAACAGAAACUGUAAAUACAUCUUCUGUUUCAAAUCCCAAAUUCUCUGCAGCAAAGGAGCAAGAAACUAGCAACCCCAGCAAAGCUGUCAGAGCGGCGGGGCAACAAAAGCAAAUAAAUGGACUUCCAAAUACUAGUGGUUAUAGGCACAUGCUUCAUGAGCAUGACUGGAGACCAAGUAAUUUAUCCGGUCGCCCGCGUUCAGCUGACUCAAGGUCGAACUAUGGUGUUGUUGAAAAGCUUUUGAAAAACUACGAAAAAUCAACAGUGACUUCUCCGUGUAAUGCGAACUGCUGCAAAGAUAAGCGGACAUGGGCAAAUCCUGAAUUCACCGAUGGGGGUUGUGAGACAUUGAGUCAGUAUUUAGAAAUGCUCCAGAUUGAGCAAGGAAAGCAAGAAUUUCCAAGGAAUUCAGCCAGGCAUAUUGGGCAGCAACUCAAGCAAGGAAAAGAGAGACAGAAGUUACCAGAGAUAUCUGUGCCAGCUAAAUGUUCAAGUGGGAAGGGUUUCUCCCGGCCCGCUCGGCCAGCAAAUCGACGCUUACCUUCCAGAUGGGCAUCCAGAUCACCGUCAGCACCGCCUGCUGUGAGAAGAACGGCGUAUAACUGCUCUGUCUCCUUUCGGUCAGAGACCUCAGUAGUCUGAACCCAGAGCUGGGUUGGAUGGUGUUGUGAAAGCUCUACGCCUCAUUAUAACUGUGUUCGGUAUGUGUUAUAGCAACCAGUUCCACACCAUUGUAUCUUGUCCAAGAGUGACCCCCACCACAUGCCGGACAAAGCGUUUUGAAUCUUAGGUCAUCAUCACCAUGGUCUUCAGUGUUUUUAUUGAGAUGAAAUAACUAUACCCCUGGUUUUCUCUGUUUUUUUGUAAUAGCUCACAAGGAAUUUCUUUUGAGUGGCAUCUUCCUUAAUUUGCCAAUCAAUUUUGAGUUGAAACAAUGUAUAGUGCUGUAUAUUCUGACUCUUCUGCAAACAGCAGAACGUAAAGCUGUAUGCAUGAUGAUGUGUUUGUAGGUGCAUGUGUUGGACUAGGAAGUAUACAGGUCUGUAUUUAGAAGAGGCAAACUGUGCUAGUGUUGACAUUGAAAUUACAACCUAUACGCGUACAUAUAUAUAUACUUUGUGUUUAUUUUAAAAAGUUUGAAAUAUACAGUCCUGAUGACAUUUAUAUUUUGUAUAUCUUUUACAUAGGUUCACAGGUGUAGUAUUUAAUGUACAAAAACUAAAUAUGCAUUUUUGUGACUGAUUGCAGCGAUAAUGCCUUGCACAAUAUGUAUCUGAAGCAGACUAGCUCAACUGAUUCGUCAGUCAUGCUUCAUGGCAUCCUCGUUCGGUUUCCUAACCCUUAUGAUGCUAGGUCAAAAUACCCAAACAUAUUUUUUCUGAAUUAAAAUAUUAUAUGAUUUGUAAUACAUUAGCCUUUUUCAGCACCAGAGACAUUCCUGAAAUGUUCCAAUCCCUUUAAAAAGCUUAAAUGUGCCAUUAUAUAUAUAGCAUACUGUAAACACUUCGGUAGUUUCAACUAGUGUAACAUACAAUUUAUGAAGGGAAGAAAAGGGUUGUGUAUGCUCAAUUCUGUAAGACUUACUUUUCCUUCUAGCAUUAUACUUUGAGGUUUGGCAAAGUCAGAUAACAAUGGACUUGUUUACUUUCACUCAAGGCAGGAGAACAAGGACCGUUGUUCCCAGUGCUGCAGCCACACUCCUUUUUUUACUCUCCUCCUAGACUAGAGUGCCUGAGCCACUUGCUAAUUUACUGCUCCCGGGCUGACUCGUGGCAGUCAGUUACGAAGUUUACUUGCACUCUGGCAACAAGCUGCAUCUAGUACGGAAAUAUUGCAUCGAGGUAUGAUCACAAUGGUGCCCGAAAUCCUAGACUCAUGGCAUUGGAAGUAUGUUUUUGCCAUCACUUGACUUGGUAUUAUGGGCCAUCUGUAUGACGUGCACAGAGCCUGGCUUGUUCCUUCCCACAGUGUGAAAGAAAUAUGGAUGCUACCCAGACUCUUGCUGAACUUUCAGAAAGACAGUGUCCUUCAUCCUGGACUUUUUGCACCCUUCUCGAGGCUGUUGCUGGAUGCGUAGUGCAGUAAUGAUCAUAAAUGUUACCUUUAAACAGCAUGUCUAGGUUAAAAGGAGUGAAGAGGCACUUCUUCAACAUCAGCCUGAUCUUGUCUUGCAACGUUUCUUCUUCUCCUGGAGAAACAUAGUGUGUUCAAAGGAAUUUCAAAAAUCAUCCCAGGAUCCAUUAAUGUGCACAUCUUCUCAUGUGAAUGUAAAAAGGAUUUCGGAGAGAGUGUAGGCUUUUGUCCUAGUGAAUUGUAUAUGUGGCAAUAUAGGGAAAAUUAAUUGUGCUUAAUUUGAUAGUGAUCUAUUGUCCUACUCCAGUCAUGUUGAGAAUCCACGCCUUUUUCCUUCCUUUUAGGUCCUUUUUCUUCUUUCCUCCGCACAACUUUGGUUUUGCAGAGAGAGAAAACAGAAGGCCAUGUGUUCUGAUCAAUAUUGCCUGUAUGGUAGUAUCAGUAACUGUUCAGGCAUGCCAGUAUUGGAGCGAGCAGGCAUUAGAGCCAGAAAUCCCACCUUAUCCUGCCAUUGUGGCUGCCUGCAUGGCAAAAACACACUCAGAGUAAUUUGCCCAAUCUAGACUUCUGGUCCUUUCUAGGUGUGAGUGGUGGGAAAAUCCCACAACAAUAAAUGAAGCUUCAAGCAGAUGAACAAUUCAUCAAAAUUUAUUCAGACAUUAUUGCAAAGUUGUUACUGGAAAAGAUGCAAGGACAGAAAAGCUCGAAGAAAAUUUGUACAGUUUGGAUAGAGACAAAAAUCUGUGUACUCGAGUGAAAAAUCAAGAGUACUAUAAAUUUGCCUGUUUGCCCUAAUUUAGAGGUUGCACUCCAUUAACUUCCUUAGAACUAGAAGAAUUAGAGAUCAUUCAUAGUGAGUUUGGAACAUGGCUUAAGAUUCUAGCUAACUGUGGAAAUUAGCAAACCCAAAUGCCUUGCAAACUGACCUUUUAAACGCCUAAGCAGUUGAGCAGCUUUAAAUGCCUAAGGCUGAGGAAAGGGUAAUAUGAGAGAAUUGUAAAAAAAUACGGUUCUUAAUUUCAGUCAGUGUUGACUGCACUAAAACUUCUUUAAAUUACCUUCAUGGUAAAGUUAAGCAGUUUUGUUCAAGCAGUUUUGUUCUGAAAAAUGGUGGUGCACUUUUGUUUGAAGUAUGUAACUACAAAAGCAUUUCCCUUGAUUAGUCAGUGAAGGUGUUUCUUUAGUUCCCUUCAGUUUCUUUGAUCGCCUUUGACAUAUAUCACAUUGUUGAAUAACAGAGAAAGGAUCAAGUAUCUACAACAUUCCCUAAUGUAUGUAAGUUUAAUGAACAGAAGGUUUUUGAAAUAAACUAAUAGGUCAAGGAC